GACUGGGAGAAGAGGGAGGAGCUUCAGGAGUAACUUACUCCAGACUUGGGGUCUAACUCACACUCAGCUCUGUUAAAAACAGUGAGGCGAGCUUCGUGUGAACGUCGCUCUGCGGGAUGGGGGAAGGAUUUACGGAGCUGACGCGGUUUGCGGAUCCAUGCGAACCGAGGGCUUUUUGAAGUUCAGACUGAGAUUUGAACAUGGAGCGUCUGCGCAUCCGCUCCUGCCACCGCGGAGAGAAGCGUUCACGGAGCGCCAGCGGCGUCCUGAAGAUGGCAUUAGCAGUCUGGGCGAUGUCGCUGCUGCUCCUCGUCCCCCACGCUUUCACCUCCACCGCGCACUUGGCUGUGAUCUCCCCUCAGGACCCAUCGCUUCCCAUCGGCUCUAGCCUAACUGUGGUGUGCACUGUAAGCCCUGAACUGGGGACGGAGGCCAGCUCUCUGUACUGGACAUUCAAUGGGAGACGUCUGGCCAAGAGCACCUACGCUGUGCUUAGUCCAACGGAGCUGAGCGUAACGCUGCACAGACUCAACGGUUCCCAGCAGCAGUCAGGGGACAACUUGGUGUGCCAUGAUGGUAGUGGGGAUGUGCUGGCAGGCUCCUGUCUUUAUGUUGGAAUGCCCCCUGAAAAACCAGCAAACCUGUCCUGCUGUUCACGGAACACCAAAGACCUCAGCUGUAGGUGGAGCCCUGGUGGCCAGGGGGAGACGUUCAUCAAUACUAAGUACAUCCUCAAGUACAAACUGAGAUGGUACGGCAAAGAGAAGGAGUGUGAGGAGUACAACGCCGGCCAGCCGCAUACUUGCUACAUCCCUCGAGAUUUGGCCAUUUUCACACCUUACGAGAUUUGGGUGGAAGCGUCCAACCAACUCGGCUCUGCCACGUCUGAUGUCAUCACCUUGGAUAUCUUAGAUGUGGUGACCACUGACCCACCUCCUGACGUGCAAGUGAGUCGGGUGGGAGAGCUGGACGAUCAGUUAAGCGUUCGCUGGGCCAGUCCUCCAGCCCUCAAAGACUUCCUCUUCCAGGCCAAGUAUCAGAUCCGCUACCGCCUGGAGGACAGCUCUGAAUGGAAGGUGGUAGAUGAUGUGGGAAACCAGACAUCCUGCAGGUUAGCAGGACUGAAGCCUGGCACUGUGUAUUUCGUGCAAGUGCGCUGCAAUCCUGUUGGCAUUUACGGCUCAAAGAAACCUGGGAUAUGGAGCGACUGGAGCCACCCAACGGCUGCUUCCACACCCAACAGUGAACGGCUGCAAAGUGGGUCAUGUGAUCUCAAAUCAGAAGAGCAGAACUCCACCCUACGGCGGGAACUAAAGCAGUUUUUCGGCUGGGUGCGAAAGCACACUUACGGCUGCAAUAAUGUCAGCAUUAAACUUUAUGAUCAGUGGCGUGCCUGGCUACAGAAAGCCCACAAAACACGCAAUCAGGUAGUGCAAAGUGGUAAAUCUUAGCGCAAGUCCAAACAAGACUGGAACAGUUUGCGGACAAAUGUGACUAUGGGGUUUUUAUCACUCUCCAGUGCUUAGGAUAGUUUGUUUUGACAAACCCGAAAGCUCUUUUGAAGAACACAAAUGGAGCCCAGAAUGUGGCGAGAUGAUCUGUUGAUGUGUCCCUGCUGCACAACUGCGUGUGAUCUCUAACAAGAACAAAGAAAAAAGGAGGAAGCGCAUGAUAAACCAUUCCAAAGACAAAGGCGCAGAAGAGGAGAGCUGCCUCUUUGUGGCAGCUCUUCGAGGAAGCUCUCGAGGCAGCCGGAGCACGACCCACAUGCCAGAGAUGGAGGGAAAGCAUCAGGCAGGUUAAAAUUGGAAAAGAGACUGAAUUCGCCCCUGGUGCCUCGUUUGUUCCGCAGCUUGUUUCUAGACUUACUACAACAAUGUCUAGAAAAAGUCCUCUGGAACAGCUCAGCAACAGUAGACACUAUUUUCUGCCUGGAAGCAUCAGCCAAGUAACAGUUGCAAUGAUUUGUUGGAAUUACAUCAGUGCACAUUAAAUGAAGAAAAGUCAUACAAUUUGUGUUGGGGGGGAAAAAACCCACAAAGCUGCACAAUAACUCACCCUCUGGUAGGAAGCUAGAAAUGGACACCUGUACUGGUUAUCCAUUAUUUGGUGGCACACGUUUUUUGUUGUUUUUACAAAUUUGUACAAAUUACGUUCUCACUUUUAUUUUUGUAUUAAAUCACAAUAUAUUUAACAUACAAGACAACUUCUUUUAUUAUGCCAAAAGAUCAGCUGGCAGAGGUUAACGGUGUGUUGUGUCCCGUGGGGUAGCUGAGUCUUUGAGUAGUGAAGUAGAUUAAGCUUGAUGGCUUACUUUUAGAUGCUCAUCUCAAGUGAAUAAAGCUGGCACAAUAAAGCAUUUUAGAAAAAAAGGUAUUUUGCCAUGUCUGCAAAAAAACAUUAUGGUUAAAAAAAAAAAAAAAAAAGUUUUUUUUUCAAAA